AUGAAAUGGAUGAAUAGUGGUUUUCAUGCUUUAGACUCCAAGAGCUUCGAAAUUAUGCGCGUCUCAUUCGGUACUCGAGAGGACUGUCUUUAUACGAAAUGUUAUUGCGAAGAGAAUGUUUACAAACUAUGUGAGCGAGUGCCUUUGGACCAACGUGAAAGCUUCUACGUUGUAUUUAUAUCCAAUUCUUUGAAGUGUGCUCCUCUGUUUGCUCAAAGAGCUGCUACUGAAAGACCCUACGUUAUGUGGGAUUACCAUGUUGUACUCCUCGACAUGUCCAAUGAGGAAAAAACGUUGGUCUGGGAUCUCGACAGCACGCUUGAAUUCCCAUGUGAAUUUGAUGAAUAUUGGAACGAAACUAUUCGACCGAAUGGCUGGAAUAUUCCCUUUGAAUACAACAGGUCUGCUGUUCAAGUACUAUUCAAGAUGCAGUACAAUUCUCUCUUUUUUCUAAAUGCUUCUGAAAAGCGGUAA